CGCGAUCAAGAACUCGCCUUUCGUCGCCUGAGGCAUCCAUAAAUCAACCGCGGUUUGACAAAUCAUUCAAUCCAAUCACAGUGAAUUCAUCGCCGUUGCCAUCCACGCGACAAGUCCCAAUGGAGAUGUUGCAUCGCUGUUUCCGAGUCCGGGCGAACGCUGGCCUGCCGGCGCAACGGGGGUGGCAGGCCGUCGGACCCGCGCUCCAUGCCCGCAGCAGCCCCGGCCAGGGUGACGUGUGCCCGGGGGCGGCGGCGGCGCUUCGUGGCGUUGCUGCGUCAGCUUUGGCGGCGGCAGCCGCCCCCGCCGCCCCGCCGGCCGACGCGCGCGCUUUGGACGAGCUGGCUGACAUCAUCCACGGCAGCAGCAGGCUCGUGGUGCUGACCGGCGCCGGCUGCAGCACGGAGUCAGGCGUUCCCGACUACCGCUCUCCCCAGGGCGCCUACUCCACCGGCUUCAAGCCCAUGACGCACCAGCAGUUCCUGGCCUCCCCCGCCAACAGGGCCAGGUACUGGGCCAGGUCCUUCUACGGCUGGCCGCGCUUCUCCGCCACCCAGCCCAACUCGGCACACGUGGCGCUGGCGGAGCUGGAACAGCGGGGCUGGGUUCAGGGCCUCAUCACCCAGAACGUGGACCGGCUCCACACCGCCGCCGGCAGCCGCAACGUCAUCGAGCUGCACGGCUCGUCGCACGACGUGAUCUGCCUCGGCUGCGGCCGGCGCAGCUCGCGGCACGCCGUGCAGGCCCAGCUGGCGGCGCUCAACCCGGCGGCGGCGGCGCACGUGGCCCAGCUGGCGGCGGCGCCGCCGGACGUGCGGCGAGAGCGGGAGCAGGCACUGCGUGUGGGCACCAGCGGCGACGCCUUUCGUGUGGCUGUUGCUCCCGCCACAAGCGCCAGCAGCGGCGCCGGCAGUAGCAGUGGGGCCGGCGGCGUGGGCCUGCAGCGGCCGGACGGGGAUGUGGAGCUGGCGGACGCAGGCGUGGGCUUCACACUGGCAACCUGCAGCGGCUGCGGCGACGGGCCGCUCAAACCGGACGUCGUAUUCUUUGGCGACAACAUCCCGCCCGAGCGCAAGGACAGUGCCAGCCACGCCCUUGGCAUCAGCCGCCGCUGCCAAUCCAUGCCAGCAGUGCAGACUUGGUCUGCCGCAGGUGGCAGCGCGGGCAGCGGCAGGGCCAAGGCCGCAGGCCAGCACCUUUGGUCACAGAAGACCAAGUCUGCACUGCUGGCAUGGCUGGAGGAGCAGGGUCAGGGCAAGCGCUUGAACUGGGCCAAAGCAGUUCAGCACUUGCAGGCGCUAGACUGCAAGUUGCCGCCAGACAAGACUUCGGCCGCGGAUCUGGCUGGCGGCUGCGACGCGCUGCUGGUGGUGGGGAGCAGCGUGCAGGUGUACAGCGCAUUCCGCCUCGUGGAGGCCGCGCGGGGCGCUGGGGCGCGCGUGCUGAUUGUCAACGUGGGGCCCACACGCGCCGACAAGCUGGCGGACUUCAAGCUGGAGGCACGCGCUGGCGAGGUGCUGACGCGCCUGAGCCGUCACCCCCAGCUACUGCUUCCCCGACUCAGCUGAAGUGCGGAGCUGCGCAACGCCGAGCUGCUCGCUCCAGAAGACUCUACUCAAGGUGGGACCUGGCAGCAAAUAGCUCUGUAAGUCCCCAAGCGGACUGGCUGAUGGGCGAAUGGGCGCGGAAUGGUGACACCGGAUGGGCGGAUGGGCCGCAUCACCGCAUGGUCACUUGACAUCAGGGCUCU